UGCGGUUGGUUCGCGGGGCUCGGCGCGCCGCGGGCCCGGGCGGGGCGGCUCCGUUCUAACCCUUUUUCCCGUACAGAGCCCUCGGUUUGUUUUGACUGCUUGUACUUCCUGCAGGAAAAUACUUGCUUCAGGUAGAUUUCUUCUAGGAGUCAAAAGUCCCAAGUCCAGUUACUGCUUCAGAAAUUAUACAGAACUGUUUGGAAUGUUUGUAGCAACAUAAACAAGUUUCUUGGUGUGUGGUUUCAGCACAGCAUGGCUGUGGUCAUCCACUUGCAAGGUGUUCCGAUUGCGGUGGGGACCAUGGACUUCUCUGGAUUGACCAUUCCCGAUGGGGGCAUGCAUAUUGUAGGGGGUGAACUGGGGGAAUAAAAUCAGCAGUGUUGAUAUUACAAAAUGACAAAACAUCCUCCGAAUAGAAGAGGGAUCAACUUUGAGGUGGGAGCCCAGUUGGAAGCCCGUGACAGAUUAAAAAACUGGUAUCCAGCCCACAUUGAAGAAAUUGAUUAUGAAGAGGGGAAAGUACUUAUCCAUUUCAAGCGCUGGAACCAUAGAUAUGAUGAAUGGUUUUGUUGGGACAGUCCUUAUUUGCGUCCCCUAGAGAAAAUACAGUUAAGAAAAGAAGGAUUGCAUGAGGAGGAAGGAUGUGCAGGAUUUCAUAUCAAUGAUCAGGUAUUGGCAUGCUGGUCUGACUGUCGCUUCUAUCCAGCCAAAGUUACUUCUGUUAACAAAGAUGGUACAUACACUGUGAAGUUUUAUGAUGGUGUAGUUCAGACAGUCAAAAACAUUCAUGUCAAAGCUUUUUCCAAAGAUCAGAAUAUUGUGGGUGAUGCUAAGCCUAAGGAAAGAGGUAAUGAAAUUCCGUCAUCUCCUGAAAACCGGGAGAAAUUUAAAGAGCAGAGGAAAGCAACAGGUAGUGCAAAGAAAAACGAAGAUGAAAAGACAUUAAAGGCUGAGAAACGAGUUAAACAACCUGAUAAAGAGGGAAAAUUUAUAGUCAUCUCAGAAAAGGGCAAGAUCUCAGAAAAGAAUAUAUCUAAGAAUGGAAAAGAAGAUAAAGAGAAUAUAUCAGAGAAUGAUAUGGAAUAUUCAGUAGAUACACAAAUUGAGAAGAAGCCUGAGAAUGACAAAGUAAAGAGUCCACAGGAAAAUGUGAAAGAAACAAAGCGAAAGCGUGGCAGACCACCAGUAACACCUCCCACAGAGCCAAGUUCUCAGACACUGCAGCCCAUAACUCUGGAGUUAAGAUGUCGGAAAAUACCUAAAGGAGGUGAUGUUCCACUGAAGCGUCCCAGGAUUGAAAAGAACUUGCCUCAGGAAAAAUCUAAGAGCUCUUCAGAUAAUGCUGAGAGAGACCAGAUCAGGCGGCGAUCUUCAAGACUCUCAUCCAGUAUUAGCCAUGAGAUUUUAAAUACAGAUCUUGUCACAACUUCCACGGAAAUUCAGACUUGGAAAGAUGCAAUAUCUAACCAAAAAGAAUCCGAGAAGGUCCAGUUAGAAAUUCCUGUUGAAUCUGACCAAAGUUUUGGUGAACAGGGAUCACCUGGAAAUACAUCACAUAGCACAGCACUCAGUACAGAUGCCGGUUUGCAGGAAGAAAAAGCUGAAGACACUGAGUCUUCCUCUGUUCCUGUCAGAACUCAAGAACCUUCUGCUGCUACAGGUUCAGUAAUAAAACCUUGUAGGACAACAGAUUUUCUUGCAUCAAAAAAAGCUGCAACUGUUGACCAAGAUCACAAGUUUAGAUGCAAGUUCUUGGACUGUUCAAAAUCCUUCCGCAAAGCCAAGUUAUUGCAUUAUCACAUGAAAUACUUUCAUGGAGUGGAGAAGGCUGCAGAAUCACAGCAGAACCCUGUAAAAAGAAAUAUUCAAACCAGAGCUUCUUUGGCUUCUGAAAAAGCUAAUCAAGAAAGGUCAAAAAGAGGACGGACCACAGCUGGUUCACUGUAUGCUCCUCCACACAUAGCCCUCAGGAGUACCCCAUAUAGAGAUGAAAAAGUAGAAAGGAGAAGAACUUCAACUCCUGUAAGUGUGUUAAAUAGUCACCGACAUUCUAUUAGAGACCAAACCAGGAACCACAUAGCAAGAGCGCUGCGGAGGCCUCGGGAAAGAGUUCAACAUGCUGUUAAAGGACAUGAGAAGAAGAAGGAAAAAAAAUCCAAAGACUGUGGAAGAUCCAAGUCAAAGAAAAAGAAAAAAAAGAAAAAGAGGUCUAAGCCUGGGUUUUCAGGCAUUGGGGAGACCACAGAUAUCUCAGAAGAGCUUUCGCCAGAAAAAUCAAUUGCCACAAAAUCUAAUUCUUCAAAUAAAUCAUCUGCUCACCCGGGUACACUGCUGCACUGCACUGAUUCUGGACAGCACAAGGGAAAAUCAAAAGCAAAUGAGGAUGACACCCUGAGUGAAUCAUCUGUGGAUAGCUUGCCUUGGAGUGAAGAUGACUGCAGUCAGGAUGUUGAUGUCACCACCAACCCUGAUGAAGAAGUUGAAGAAAGUGAUUUUGAGAUUGUUCGGUGUGUUUGCGAAGUAAAAGAAGAAAAUGACUUCAUGAUUCAGUGUGAAGAGUGUCUGUGCUGGCAGCAUGGAGUCUGUAUGGGCUUAUUGGAAGAUAAUAUACCUGAGAAAUAUACCUGCUAUAUUUGCCAAGAUCCUCCAGGUCAGAGGUCCAGCUUAAAGUACUGGUAUGAAAAGGAGUGGUUAAGUAAUGGUCACAUGCAUGGCUUAGCAUUUUUGGAAGAAAAUUAUUCCCACCAGAAUGCCAAGAAGAUAGUGGCCACUCACCAGCUGCUUGGUGAUGUACAGCGAGUGAUCGAAGUCCUGCACGGGCUGCAGCUGAAGAUGAGCAUAUUACAAAAUAAAGAACACCCUGACUUAAAGCUUUGGUGUCAUCCAUGGAAGCACAUCACAGUGGACGAAAAAAUCCAUACAAAACACAUCAUUCACUUUGAGGAAAACUGUUGCAAAGAGGAGACAGCAAGUUAUAGAACUUGGAAUGGGACAGUUGAGAAACCCUCAACAAUUCCUUCUGUGGAGGAAUCUUACAUUACAAGUGAGCACUGUUACCAGAAGCCUCGGGCCUACUACCCUGCCAUAGAGCAGAGGCUGGUUGUGGAAACAAGAGGUUCAGCCAUGGAUGAUGGAGUCAACAGAAUAAGGGAAAAUGGGGAUGAUACCCUCUCAGAGAGGUUUGGCUGGAAUCUGGACCAAGAAAUAUGCAAGAUGGAAAAUGAAUCCAAACACAAUUACUCCAAGGUGAGAGAGUCUGUCUCUAAGAAAGUCUCUCCAGAGGAAGCUAUUGAAAUUAAAUUGCUGGAAAAAGACAAAGAAGGAGUUGUGAACUCGCAGCUGCAGUGGCAGCUCAAUCUUUUAGCUCACGUGGAAUCUCUGCAAGAUGAAGUCAUACACAGAAUGGAUUUCAUUGAGAAGGAGCUAGAUGUUCUGGAGAGUUGGCUGGAUUACACAGGAGAGCUGCAACCCCCAGAACCACUGGCUCGACUCCCCCAGCUCAAACACUGCAUAAAGCAGCUGAUAACAGACUUGGGCAAAGUGCAGCAGAUCGCGCUGUGCUGCUCCACGUGAGGCUGGAGAACACUGGGCUGUGAGUGCCAGCAAAGCUGGAGUGUCUGAUGGGAGGAGCUCUGAAUCUGUAAAAGAAACUAGCAUGCUGGUUGCAUGGGAUACAGAUUGACUUCAGGGACUUGUGAAAAAGUGUUAAUCAAAGAGCAAAAAGGUUAUUUCAGGUCUGUUAGAUGAUUAUAAUGCUGUGGAAAAGGUCAUAAUCUUGUCUCCAGAGGUUGCCUGUUGGUUGAUAAGUGACACUUACUUCACUCCUUACAAGUUGCUCAUCAAAACAGUAGACUUUUUCAUCAUUAAAUUGACUAAAAAUUGUGCCACUGAAGAACAGAGUUCUAAGAGCCAAAAAAGUUUGGUUGACAGGGGUUGUAAAUAACGUUGCAUAGUUUAAGUGACUCAUGUCAUGUUUUAUUUCUUCUGGUUUAUGCAUACUAGCACUCAGUAUUUAAUCAUUAGGAGAUGUUAUAACAGUUUCAGACUUAGCAAGUAUGAAUGUCCAGCUUUUGACUAUAAAAGUGUUAUGUGGAGGUUUUCAAGUAACAGUGGCCUGACCCCCACUUCUGUUACAGUAAAUAAUGUAGCAGGAGGUCACAGGUGGAUUGCACUUACUUUCAGAAUAAAUGAUUGUUUUCCAUAUG